UCAUGAGAGAGAGAGAGAGAGAGAGAGAGAGGCGUAGAGGGAUCCGGUUCAAUAAUCUGUUGUGAAUUUCUCCUCCUGUCUGUAGGUUUCACCUGGACAUUGAGAAAAAUGUAUUUUGUUUCUCAUGCUAUCUCCUAGAGGCUAUAAGCACCUCUUUGAAUGGAUUCCGGGGUCCAGAGCUACUUCUCGUGAUCCAGGUCUGGAGUUUGUUUAGCUUGUUUGUUGUGAUGCACAUGAGAAUUAGGGGGGGCGUGGUGGAUAUGGGACGUGUUGGCAUUUGAUAUCUUGUUUACCCAGUGUGGCAGUGCAAUGCCCUCCGCUUCAGCAGUCGUCACGUAAUUUAUAGCUCUGAUCCUUUAGUUUUUAUUUUUAUUUUUCGAGGUUAGUUUUUAAAUUUAAGCGUCGAUUCAAGCUGUUGGAUCCAUUCACGAUGCUUUAUCCAGAAUCGAUACUUGUUGCCCUUGGCAUUUGGGAUGCUGUGGGUCAUCUGUCUAUACCUUUUGUCUGGUGAUCCUGUUUGACCCACUUCAAGACGACAGCGAUGAAACCACCCGCCCGGUACACAAUUUCGGUUGAGCAAGAACUGUUGUAUUCUCCAUUGCUGCAGUCUCCGACAGGCAUGACAUCAAUUCUGUAACUAUCUUAGCUGAAUUUAUGGCCGAACAAGCCAAAGGUGAUCAAUUUACUUAUUGCGAAUAGACAACCCACAGGCCAGGCAUGGAGACAAACACGAAUGAUCCUUCUCCUUCGUCAGGAGCCCACACGGACGAGCCCAUCGUUGAGAUUGUUGAGAAAGAGGACGGCUUCAAUGGUCACUUCCCAGAACCUCAGAAUGAAAUUGUUUGGGGGUCGCAGGAGGAUAAUCACAGAGCUGGCACAAUUGGAGAUGUGCACGAUAAUCCUGCUUCAAUUUACACAGAUGUAGAUAUUUCAGUAGCAGGAGCCACUGAUGGUACUCGGAGUGCGUCGGGUACAAUGUCCACGGAACAAACCAGAAGUGAACGUUGGUUCGAGAAUAACUUCGUGCUUAUAAUGGUUUCCACCCUCCUUCAGAUAGGGCUGGGAAUCAUGCUACUCUUUUUGCUCUGGAGACUCGACCUCAGGCCGUUGAAGAUUGUGGUAGUAGUAACCGUCUUAUUGUCUGCUAUUGUAACAAUAGCCUACAUCGGUGAAUAUGAAUGGCAACGGGCGGGAAUUACCUGACCCUUCAGUUGUCGUUUUGUAGGUUUCGAAGUAAACUCGAUGUCUGAUUGGGGGUUAAUGCAGCAGCAGAUCGACCAACCU